AUGGUUAAAAUAGCACUCCAAAUUAAAGCUUCCCUAGAAUGCAUAGAGAAGUUGUACACAAACCACCCAUACUAUCAGUGGUUUCUGAAAUUAAAAUGCGGCAGCUGCGGCGAAGAGUCUGAUAAGUUCCACGACCUUACAGAAGCCGAGAAAGUCCCACAGAAACAUAAUAGAUCGGAGACGAAUCUCUUGAUUAAAUGCAAGUUGUGUUCAAGAGAAAAUAGCAUAGAUGUUAUUGAAGGCAGUAAUGGUAUUUUAACGAGCGAUGAUGAAAAUAAGUUUAAGUCGCUAGUCAUAUUUGAUUGCCGAGGAGUGGAACCAGUUGAUUUUCAACCUAAAUCUGGCUGGAUAGCAGAAGCAGAAAAUAAUGGAAAGAAGUUUGAAGAUGUUGAUUUAUCGGAAAAGGAAUGGGCAGACUAUGAUGAGAAGAAUCAAACUUCAGUUGGUGUGUAUGAACUUGAAUGGCAGUUUGUAAAGGUCAAAUAG